GAAUUUCUGAAAGAAAAAAACCCUUAAAAAUCAGACAAGAGAGAGAGAGAGAGAGAGAGAGAGAGAGAGAGAGAGAGAGAGAGGUAGGUUUCAAAUAUUCCACGACUGCUACAAAUCACGUUCUGGGUUGUGAUUUUCUUUCUGGGGUGUGUGCAGGCAUGAAACAAAUCGCAGAGAAGUGAAUUUUUUGCCCCAAGAUUGUGCGUGAAUCGAAUCACAGGGGUCCAAGAUUUGUGGAGAAGAUGUUGUGUGCCUGUUCAGGAGAGCAAUUCAAAUUCGAGGAGCCGCCGCACUCGCCGGAGUCCCUUGCCACGAGGGACUUCUCGGCGAGUGGCCUUUCCUCUAGGACCGGCGACUGGGAGUCCAAAUUUGAAGACAUUCAAGUGGAUGAAGCUGAAUCCACUCUUAAAGAAGCUCUAUCUUUGAAUUAUGAGGAAGCUAGAGCUUUGUUGGGGAGGCUGGAAUUCCAAAGGGGGAAUUUUGAUGCUGCACUUCAGGUGUUUCAAGGUAUUGAAAUUAAAAAUUUAACCCCGCGGAUGGCCAAGGCUAUCGUGGAGAGAACUAGGCAAAGAAAGCCGCGCACGAAAGGCGAUAAUGUGGUUCUUCCCAGUGUAAUGUCAAUGCACUCUGUGAGCCUACUUAUUGAAGCAAUAUUACUCAAGGCAAAAUCAUUGGGAGAACUUGGAAGAUAUAUGGAUGCUGCGAAGGAGUGCAAAGUUAUUCUUGAUACGGUUGAAUCAGCUUUACCUAAUGGAAUGCUUCUUCAAGACAUUGGCGAGGACUGCAAAUUGCCAGACAUGUUUCACAAAGCACUCGAGCUGCUCCCCAAUUUAUGGACAAGGGCAGGCUAUCUUGAUGAGGCGAUUACUGCAUAUCGCCGAGCUCUAAUCAAGCCAUGGAAUUUGGAACCGGAGAGGUUAGCUGCUAUUCAGAAAAGCUUAGCUUGCACAUUACUCUAUGGCGGUGUUGAAGCAAACCUUCCCCCUCAGUUACAAAUAUGGGGCAUAACUAUGCCUAAAAAUAAUACAGAAGAAGCAAUUCUGUUGUUGGUAAUUCUUAUGAAAAAGGUGGCUUUGCGAGAGAUAAAGUGGGAUCCAGAAAUCAUGGAUCAUCUGACUUAUGCUGUUUCUGUUACCGGAUUGUAUGAAUUAUUAGCAGAUCAUGUGGAGCAGGCUCUUCCGGGAUUAUAUAGACGAGCGGAGAGAUGGUACUUUCUUGCUCUUUGUUAUAGUGCCUGUGGAAAAAAUGAAGUAGCCUUGAACCUUUUGAAGAAGGUUGCAGGCUGUUCGGAAGCAAAGAACAAGCCCCACUUUCCUUCUUUUGUGUUGGGAGCAAAAUUGUGCUCACAAGAUCCAAUUCAUGCUUGCGAAGGGAUAGAAUUUUCGCGUAAAGCUAUUGGCUUGAUGAAUCAUCAAUGCGAGCAUUUCAUGGGUCAAUGCCAUAAAUAUCUUGGUGUUUGCUAUGGCAGUGCAGCAAGGGCUUCUCUGUCGGAUUCUGAAAGAGUGUAUUUUCAAAGUGAAUCGUUGAACUCUCUAAACCUUGCUGCUCUCCCAAAAACAUUUAUAGAACCAUUUCAGAUUUGCUGGUGA